AAGUAAAAAGAAAGGAAUAAAGAAAGACGGAGCAACGGCUGCAGUCCAAACACUCCAACCCAAAAAUCUCUAUAGGUAUAGGGAGAUACUACUUGAGAAGAAGAGAUCAAUCUCAAGAAGAGAGGAACCCAAUCCAAUCCAUCAAUCAAAACCAGGGGAUUUUGAUUUUGAUUUUGAAUUUUGAAUUUUGGUGUUUUGAAGUGUUUUCAAGAAUCGAUCAUCUUCGUCGUCGUUCAUAACUGAGCAGUGACCAGUCAGAUCUCUAGUAUUUGGAGAGCGCCAAUGCGUGGGGAUGUGAGCGGAAGCAGCAUGGCGGCGUCGACGUCGAUGGGUAAGGCGGAGACGCAGUACGAGAAGGCGAAGACGUCAGUGUGGUGGGACAUAGAGAACUGCCAGGUCCCCAAGGUCUGCGACACCCACGCCAUCGCCCAGAACAUUAGUUCUGCUCUCGUCAAGAUGAAUUACUGUGGGCCCGUCUCCAUCUCCGCCUACGGCGACACCAAUCGCAUCCCUGCUUCUGUUCAGCACGCGCUCUCCAGCACCGGCAUCGCCCUCAACCACGUCCCCGCUGGUGUGAAAGAUGCAAGUGACAAGAAGAUUCUAGUUGAUAUGCUGUUCUGGGCAGUAGAUAACCCUGCUCCAGCCAACUACCUGCUUAUUUCUGGAGACAGGGAUUUCUCCAAUGCUCUACACCAGUUGCGCAUGAGAAGAUAUAAUAUCCUUCUGGCACAACCACAAAAAGCUUCCGCACCCCUCAUAGCUGCAGCAAAGAGUGUAUGGCUUUGGACGAGCCUCUCAGCUGGAGGGCCCCCACUUUCAAGUGGGGAGUCAUCUCAGCUUGCGAAUGGUAACCAUUCUUAUAACCCUGAAAUGCCACAGUACCCUUUGCCUGAAGCGUUCCAGAUAAACCCGCCGCCAGUUUAUUUUGAACAGCCUUCUAUGGGAAAUCAAAAGCCUUCUACAAAUGGAAGGGUUGGUGAUAGUAAAAAUAAAGGGAAAUCAAAUCGGAAAAACCCAAAUCAACCCAACAUAUCAAGAGCCUCGAGUGUGCCAGUUGGGAACCAAGAUGACAAGAAUAAUGAUUACCCUUACCAAUCAGAACAUACACAUGCAAAGCAGUUUAAGAAAGCUCCGCACGAAUUCUUUGGUGUUAGUGAGAAUCUAGUCUCCACUAAUAGGUCUACUCCCAAUUUCUUCCCUGGAAAUUCUGAUCCUUCAGGUGGUAAUGGCAAUAAUUUUCUAGGUCAGCAAAACCAAUAUCCUCCUCCGAGGCUGAACAACUUCCACGUGCAACCUAAUGUUGGACUGGAUAAUAUGUUCCCUCCUAAUUCUCAAAGUCAUGGUUUUCGACCUAUUCCUCCCAGACCUGAUGGCCUUAGAUUUUCUUCAGCCCCACCUACGAAUAUGCCCGAUAUGAGUAAGCUAAUUGUCUCCGAGUACAGCAAUUAUGCUCAAAAUUCGCAAAGGUUCCCUCAUCGAAAUGGAGACGAGUUUAGUAGACCCAGGUCUAGCGAGUCACUAAAUUCAGCUAGCCCAUAUGCAUCUCAUAAGGGCCAUAAUUUGCAGAGUGGCCAGGGGUUUCAUCAUGAUUCUAUGAACAACAGGUAUCCUCGGGGUUCUGAUUAUCUGUCCUCUCAAUCCUCCCCUGCCGUUGCAAACAACAUUCCUAGUAAUGGCAUUUGGGGAACUCAAGGCUGCACACCAUCUGAAUACGUUCAAGGCCUUAUUGGCGUUAUUUUACUAGCCCUAAACACCUUGAAAGUUGAAAAAAUUAUGCCUACUGAAGCAAACAUUACCGAUUGCAUUCGUUAUGGUGAUCUGAAACACCGCAAUACCGAUGUAAGGAAGGCCUUGGAUUACGCAAUAGAGCAACAUAUGGUAGUGAAGCAGAGCCUUGGUGCACUUCAGUUGUAUGUUGGUAAAAAUGAGCAAUUAUGGAAGUGUGUGAACCCUAUAGGUGGUAAUCUUAAUCAUUACCCUAAAGCCACAUGGGAUCAGAUACAGAACUUUCUGAGUUCCUCAGAUGGGCGAUCAGCAAUAAUGGCUUCUCAAUGCAGAUAUGAAGCAGCUAUGAUUUUGAGAAAAGCGUGCUCAGAAGGGCUUGCUUUGGGCAAUGUACUUCAGAUCUUGAAUAUGAUAGUCAGCAUGAAGAAAUGGAUCACUCAUCAUCCGUCAGGAUGGCAACCGAUUUCUAUUACCCUCGAAGAGACUAAAGCGGAAAUGGGUGCUGAACCUAGUACUUGAUUUAGUCAACAACUCCCUAAAUAGAGAUAAAGUGGCUCUAAGACGGUUAGAUUAGAGCUGGAAUAAUAUUAUCAGUUUAUUGAGACCUUGAUCAACUGUGUUUACUUCUGAAACAAAAUACAGUUAUUAGAGUAUCUGAAGAACUAAGGGGGGUGGAAACCUUUACAUUUUGAACCAAGUAAGUAGGACUAGGUGUCUUUUCCUCUUCUUUUUUUAUUCUUUUUUUCCCCCUUUUUCUUUCAUACUCUAGGGGGUACUCAAUGAGCUUCUAAAGACUGGGUAAAAAUGCUGCUAAUGGAAGAUGCGUAUUAAACAAUUAGAAGCUACCUAAUUUACGAAGUUGAUUGUACCUGAUUAUUGUGAGGCUUUUUGUCCGUUACAAAAUCAAUGGAUCGUUCUGCCCAAAGCCAUGCUUCUAAGUAAGGAAGAAUGUCAGGAAUGGAAUCAGGAAGUGGUAGUAUCAUGUUUUAUCAUAUGAAUGUGUAGGCAAGAUUAUGUAGGUUCUGGACAAGUUUCAGCAUGUUCUACCUGGAUCAGGGCUUACGUGAUUAUAUCUUGCAGACUUUAUUAUUCAACUGCCAUGCAGAUGAGCUCUAUUGAUGACUAGUACAUAAUCAGGUAUCUGAGAUAUAGUUGUUCGAGUUCUAUGUUGGUUAAUUGAUGAGAAAGUUUGCAGACAAAAAAGCUUGAAGCAACUUCAUAGACAUUGAAGCCGCAUUUUGACGUAUAUCCAUUUAAGAAGGUAUCCUGAUGGGACUGCAUUUGUGGUUCAGGAGGCUGCCAAGGUAAAGCUAUCCUACAAGCCUUUAAGCAUGCAUGCGAUUUCUGGAACCUGGUGUGGCUAUAUACAUGCUUGGAUGUUGCAAGUAAAUUUAGGUUGAGUUUUAUGUAUCGUAUUCGACACUGUUUGUUUUUUAAGUAUUCUUGGAGAAGAAAGAUGUGUAAUUGCUUGCCUUCGUUUUAUUCAUCCUUUUAUAUUUGUUGUCUGCAACUCAAGCUUCGUUAGUGGGUUCCUGGCUUGGUCCUGGAACUCAACUAGGAAGCGUGCUGAAUAAACUUAUGUAUUCUAUUCUCAACUAUGUAAUUUGCAAAAUUCUAUGUAGUUUUUUGAAUUCCAAAGCUCCUUGGUUUUCCUGA